AUGACUCCCGGACCCCUCAACACCACUGACAACCAGACGGGUACCACCUCUGCCUGGGCUCGCGGGCCUCCCAACAAAGCCCCCUCUGCCCCCAACAACGCCCCCUCGGGCACAAGCACCCCCAGCCAUCCCGCCCCAGUCCUGCCCAGCCACGGCCCCUCCGCCAUCCCAAUCGGCGGUGGCGGCCACUCGCGCAAGAACAGCCUCUUGGUAGCCGGCAAUGGCGAAUUCAAGAAAGGCAACCUCGCUUUCGGCACCGUCGACUCGCCCACCGCCGCGCUGUCGUCGUCUCCCGCCGCCCCGUCCAUGACGGGCGGCCAUCUUUCCGACGCCGUCAGGUCGUUCGGCUCGAUCGACGCUGCCGACAAGCAGGACGGUCCAGAUGCAAUCAGCUCCCGCCGAAGCAGUGUGCUCGGAAACGCUGCCGCAGGUCCAUCGCAGGGCAAGAAGCUCGGUAUCCAUGCCCUCUUCUCCAGCAAGGCACCCCAGCCUCAUACAGCCCCUCAGCCCCAGCCGGUCAUGUCUCCGCCACAACACCACCAUCCGCCCGCACCCAUUCACCACAACAGACGCCAGUCGUUCGGACACAAUGGAGGUGCAUUUCAGCAGCCGAUGGCGGGAUCACCUAAUCAGCACUUUGUAGGAUCCCCUCACAUGAGGCCACCAGGUGCCCACCCGCGCUCUCCGGUUCCGAAUCACAAUAUGCCGUUCAAUCCGUCCGCGCCUCAGCAGAUUCAGCAUGGUUUCAGACCGCCCCAGCAGCCCCAGAUCAGGCCAAACAACAUGCCGCGGGGGGGACCGGGGCAGUACGGCAUGCAUUCCGGACCCCAGGGACUUCCGUAUCCCAUCAUGGGCUUUCCUCAAGGCAACUUUUAUCCCGGUGCAUACAAUCCGUAUGAGCAACAUCAGCAGCAGCAAAACUUUGGUGGGCCGCCCUCGCAGUGGGUGCCCCAACAGUCCCAGUCACCGCAACAGCACUUUGGCAGCGGCUAUCCGCCAUCUGCUCCUGGUCCUGUAUCGCCGAGAGCCCAAUCCCAGAUGCUCUCGCCUCCAACCCAAUCCCCUCUGCCUCCUCCCCCGGCUGUGGCAAACGAAGGGACAAGUCCUGUCCCUACCCCUCCUAUGCGCCCUCCCAGUCUGAUGAGCAGUCACCAUCACUCGUUAUCAAACGCGUCUGUGGCAUCAAUACCGCAUCAGAGCACUGGCAGCACAGUCGGGGGACCGUCAACUUAUCUUUCUGGUAACGCUACCAACUUUGCACCUCGGAAAUCAGCUGCUGUCAAGAUAUCGCGGCCAGAUGGCACUGCUCUCGAUCUUGAAAACAUCAAGGAGGCCGCGAAACCAGCAGAGGCCGCAUCCAGCACCAACCCGGUCUCGGCGUCAACCACCCCCGGAUCGGAAGUCUUGAAGAAAAGAGCCCUGCCCACUGUCGUGCGCAUCGAGUCUGAAGAGCAGAGGCAGAAACGGAUGGCGGAAGAAGCGCGGGCAAAGGAGCUCAAGAAUGCAGAUGAUAUUGCAGAGAAGGAAAGAAAAGAGAGAAUGGAGAGAAAGGCGAAGGAUGAGCAGGAAAAGAAGGACAAAGAGGCCAAGGACAAGUCGGACAAGGACGCUUCUGAAAAGGCUGCAGCCGAUGCCAAGAAGGCAGAGGACGAAAAGAAGCGGUUUGAGGCGGCCCUCGCAGCCCAAGCCGCCGCGGCCAAAAAGGUCGAGGAAGAAAAGGCCGCAGCGGUCAAAGCAGCGCUGGAAAAGUCUGAAAAGGCGGAAGAAGAAAAGGCCAAAGCUCACGCGGCCACUUUGGAAGCUAGAUCAAAAGCCGAGGAGCAGCUUCGGGCCAUCGUCGAGACCCCGAGCACCUCCGUCACACCGUCUCCCAUGGGCUCUCCAGCCCUGGGUGCCGGACUGCCUGCCAAGCCCGUUGCCGCUCUCGGUGCUGCCAAGCGUACCCCGCCCUCUGCACUCAAUCUUGCCACAGCAUCCGAAUCGCCCGCUCCUCUCACAGCUUCUGCUUCUGCUCUCACCAGUGCCCGUCCAAUCGAUGACAUUACCUCUGUCAAUUAUCCCCAUGCCCUCUUGUCUCCCAGCAUCGACCUCAACAAGAACGCCGAGCCCGGAAAAUUCCGCUACGACCGUGGCUUCUUGAUGCAGUUUAUGAAUGUCUGCAGGGAAAAGCCAGAGAGUCUUCCGCCUCUCGAGGACCUCGGUCUCGAUGUCGACGGUGCUAGCGGGUUUGGAGGCCGCGGUGGCUCUUCUCGUGGGAGCCGAUCUUCCAUGGGCCCAUCAAGUCGUGUACCUGGCGGUGCCGGGGCAACUGGUCUCGGCGUCACUGGCGCUCGUUCUUCCUACCCAAACAGCUUUGGCACUGGUCAAUUUGGGUCCGGUCCGGGAUCUCUCCGUGGUUCUACCAGCGAGUCACGCUACCAUGCCAGCCUGGGACCGCGAGCUCCCAGCGGCCGCGGUGCCCCGGGUGGCAUCGGCUCCUUCUCGGGUCUGCCGUCAAUGGGUAUCACCAAUUCUCGAAACGGUGCCAGCCGUGGAAGUCAGCGUGGCAGCAAACGCGUUCCGUCUCAAGCCAUGGCGCCACCUGCGCCGGCAAUUCCUAUCUCUGAGAACGCCUGGACACGAACUCGGCUUGGUACCAACGACGAGAGCUCCCCCGCCUUCAUUGAGCGAAAGGUGAAGGCCCUCCUCAAUAAGCUUACGGAGGAAAAGUUCGACCCUAUCUCCAAGCAGAUCCUCGAAUGGGCCAACAAAUCUGCCAAUGAAGAGGAUCACAUGACGCUCAAACUUGUCAUCAAACUCAUCUUUGAGAAAGCUACCGACGAGGCCCAUUGGUCGGCCAUGUAUGCCAAACUUUGUCGGCUGAUUCAUGACCAGCUGGAUCAAGCCGUGACUGAAACCACCGCCGAUAACAAGGUGUACUCUGGUCGGGCUCUUUUCCGUCGCUAUCUUCUCGGACGAUGUCAGCAGGACUUUCAAAGUGGCUGGAAAGCCCGCGAAGACACUGCCGUGGCUGCUGCGGCCAAGGAAAAGGAAGACGGCGCCAAGGUGGCCGAAAAGGAGAUGGAGAAGAAGCCGGAAGGUGGCGAAGAGAAGGAAGCUGUUCUCUUGAGCGACGAGUAUUAUGCUGCCCAAAAGGCCAAGCGACGAGGCCUCGGUCUGGUCCAACUGAUUGGAGAGAUGUACAAGUUGGACAUUCUCACCUAUCGGGUCAUCACCGAGUGCUUGACAAAACUCCUUGCCAACUUUGAAAAGCCUGACGAGGAAGACGUCGAAUCAGCCUGCAAACUCUUGACAACGGUGGGUGACAAGCUUGUCAAGGCCAACCCAGAUUUGCUCGACGGUUCCUUCACUGCUCUGGAGAAGAUUCUGAAGAAUGAUGACCUGCCAUCACGGAUCCGCUUCAUGAUAAUGGACGUUCAAGAUCUUCGACGAGACGGAUUCCGUUCACAAAAGAACCAAUCAAGUGUGAUGACUAUCGCCGAAAUUCACAAACAGGCAGCCAAGGAAAAGAAUGCAGCCUCCGCUAGAGAAUCCAUGUCACGAGGUGGUUCGCGAGCAGGUGGUAGACGUGAUCCCCCACAACAGCCUGGGGACUGGCAAGCAGUACCUGGUGGGCCUCGAGUGGCCGGUCGCCCGGUUGACUUUGCUGGUAUCGGGCGAGGUCUCAGUAGCUCUGCGCGCACCUCUUCACCUAGCUUUGCUGGGCCAACAUCUGUAUUCAGCAGGAAGGGGGGAAAUACAGCCUCUCCGGCUCCCCCAGUCUCACGCUCAACGUCCUCAAACAUGUUCAGUGCUUUAACUGAUGGCCAAGACAAUACCGGCUCGUCUGCCUCAAGAAGAGACAGUGCGGAUGCCGGUGAGCCAACGCCUCAACGAAAAAGGUUAUCUUUGGCCCCACGUACCAAACCUGUGCCUACUGAGGGUGAUGAGGAGGAAGAUCCCCAGGAUGGAGAGGGUGGGGAGUCUGGAGAGUCUGAAGAAGACCUCAGUGAGGAGCAGGCGAAAGAAAAGAUCAAUCUGGAUAUGAAGGAGCUAUGGGGUGAGAAGGAUCAAGGAGGGUCGAGAAAUCCUGGGGAUGUCGUGGAAUACUUUACUUCUUUGCCUCAAAAUCUGCGCCACUUGUUGGCUGCUCGUUUGCUGGAAGAUGUUUUCCGUCUGUCAAAACCGAGGGACGCGGAGGUCGUGGCGAAGGGUUGGAAAGCCGCCCUGGAAGCCCAAGCCGUACCUGUUGCAGUGUUCAAGGAAACUCUCGAGGAGCGAGUUGUCUCUUUGGACGAUGAUGCCGUGGAUUUCCCCGGUGCUUAUAAGGCGGUCGGCGAGCUCAUCCGGUCUCUCUCUUUGGCCGACGAAGAAAUCCAAAAUCUGAUAUCCAAAAUCGAGGUGUACGGGCAACCCCGGGUGACGCCACAACAAAAGCUUGAGAAGGCUCUCAAGGAGAUUGAUGGAGAGGCAUAG